AUGUCCGACUCAACCGUCUACCUCAUCACCGGCGCGAACCGCGGUAUCGGGCUGGAGGUGCUCAAGCUGUAUGCAUCGGACGCCCGCAACAUCCUUAUCGCGGGUGUGCGCGACCCGGCUGGUGCGACAGAGGUCAACACGCUUGCCAAGUCGUCCCCGGCGGCUAUCCAUGUUGUAAAGAUUGUCGCUGGGGACGAGGAGGGGAACCAGGCUGCCGCAGCGGAGGUCGCUGCCAAGGUCGGCCGCGUCGACGUCCUUUGGGCCAACGCAGGUAUCUCGGACGUGUACAAGCCGGUCCUGCAGACGACGGUGGCAGACUUUGAGUCGCACUGGCGCGUGAACGUGCUCGGCCCUGUGGUGCUCUUCCAAGCCUUUUACCCACUGCUGCUCAAGUCGACCAAGACGGAGAAGAAGUUUGUCAUCACAUCCACGGCGGCUGGGUCGAUCGGCAUCGCGGGCAGUCUGCCCUUCCCCGUUAGUGCGUACGGCUCCAGCAAGGCCGCUAUCAACUUUGUCGCGGCAAAGAUCCACCAGGAGCACGGCGACAAGGACAAGCUGGUUGUGAUCCCCAUUCACCCAGGUAUGGUUAGCACUGACAUGGGCCAACAUGCCCUCAAGACCAUGGGCGUCACCGACGGAGUCGCCAUCCCCGGUGUGGAAGUCAUCACUCCCGUCGAGUCGGCCACUGGGCUCAAGAACGUCAUUGACAACGCAACGUUUGUUGCAAAUGGUGGAAAGUUUGUCGACUAUGCCGGCAAGGACCUGCCUUGGUAG